UUAUGUCUAAAAAUGAAACAUUUAGUGAUGAACUAGUAAAUGAUUUUUUAGGUUUAUAUAAAUCUAAAGAUAAAAGUUAUGAUACAAUCAUUUAUAUUGAUAAAAAACCAUAUGGAGAAAAGAUAUAUGCUCAUUCAUUAAUUUUAUCUACACGAUCAGUAUAUUUCUCAAAAGCUUUAUCUGAAAAUUGGGUUAAAAAACAAGAUGGUUAUUUUAUUUUAACACAACCUAAUACAAACGGUUUAGUAUUUGAAAUUAUUCUUAAAUAUCUAUAUUGUGGAAUAUUAAAUUUUGAAAAUUUGGAUAUUGAUAUGAUAUUUAGUUUUUUAGUUACUGUCGAUAAACUUUUGAUUCAAGAACUUUUUGAUUAUAUACAAAUUUAUUUGAUUACAAGUGAUCUAUUGGAAUCACAAUCUUGUAAAAUAUUAAAUUUUGUUAUUAACAAUCCAUCAUUUACAACUAUUAAAAAAAAUCUUUUAGAAACUAUUU